AUGAGUCAGAGGUGUGAGGUUUGUCCGCCUUUGUCUUGCCCUUAUCUCACCAACGCUCCAGGAAAAACCGUUUACGUCAACUUUGAAAUACUACGUGAUGCUUUCUCAUUUGAUAUUGAUCUGUAUUCGUCUCCAGACGGAGACGACAGCAAUAUCGCCCUUCACAUCAGCGUUCGAUCGCCUCAAAAUGCCGUCUUUUUCAACUCCAGGAUCGACGGCGUGUGGGGUAAACGCGAGAAGGCAGACACAUUCCCGUUCAAGACACACAGUAAAUGCUCGCUUACCAUUACAACUGAGGAAGGAAGUUACGACAUUGCAGUGAACGGGACACCUCUAUAUACUUAUCGUUACCCACCAGUACUGCCGCCAAAAUCUGUGGAGCGCUUUGCCAUCAGUAAGGCAUCAGUUGAAAAGGAAUUAACAGAGACAGUUCAGUUUUCGGAAGCAUCAGAUGAAGAGCAAUUGACAGUUCAGUUUUCGGAAGUAUUAGAUGAAGAGCAAUUGACAGUUCAGUUUUCUCAAGCAUCAACGGAUAAGCAAUUAAGAGAGACAGUUGAGGUUUCUCAAAUUUCAGUGACAGGCUCGUGGACUCUUUCCUCACUAAAUGGUGAGAAAGUGAUAUUAAGAAGUAGAGCCUCAACUGUUGCCGAUAAAUAUUUAAUGGUAAGGAGUGAUCAAACAACGGUUGUCACUACUGCAAGCACAUCACGUGAUAAAGCUCGAUUUACGAUCACUGGUGAAGAAAAUCCGUACAGUUUAAGAAACGUUAAAUUCGACGACAAAUUCUUGACAAUCAGAGAAAAUCGACUCUACGCCGAUAAUGACAGCGACUAUGAUAAGUUCCAGGUCACAGAGACGAGUGAUGGAUACUACAUUUUCGAGUCUAACGAAACUUCGGGGAGCUACAUUGGUGUCAACCAAACAGGAACUAUUGUACAACCAGAUAACGUAGUCGGUGAAGAAUGCGAUUUCUACAACGUUUUUGGUCAGACAGAUCAUAACGAUACAAUGGCACGUCGUUGCACUUGCACAAUCGUGUAGGAAACUUGAUGCAAGGGACACCAAUCAAACUACGUAACAUCUACAGUACUUUGCAUGCAUGUAUAGCGUGUACAUGUGAGAGUAGAUCGAGUAGGUCUACAGGUCGGAGUUUUUGUUGUUGUUGUAUUAACGUAGUCUCCACGCCUAGAUGAGUUUUCGUUGUAUUAAAUUUAGGGAAAGUGUCAUGCGUAUUGUAAACAACAAUUUCAAAGUUUG